AACGUCUCUCUGUACCGAGGAGAGCUUUGGGCCGUCUGAAACGCGGGGAGCUACUUUGCAGGGGUGGGUUGUGAAGUGGAAGCUUUGUCUGCGACGGAGGCAAAAGGAACGAACGACUACUGCUGUGGGGGGAUCUUGUUGGUUGCAGCUCAGUCAGUUACUGGAUCCUACCGUUAUAAGUACCUGCAUCGCUACAAGUAUAAGGAUGCCUGCCACCCAUUCAGCCCGUUCCAGUGCAUCGGCCCCGAUCACGGCCACCAGUCCUACAACCUCGACGACGACGCCUCGCACCACACGAAGCGGCCGGUCGAUACAGCCGCCGCAGUCACAACAGCCUCAGUUUCGGUCUCACGUCGACUCCUCUCACGGCGAGGACUCGCCACGCCACCAUUCCUCCUCCUCCUCUCCCUCCUCCGUCGCCCAGAGUCCAGUCAGUCCGGACUUUGUUAGGCGCGCCGUUGCCGAAGAGACAAGCCCGGCGUCGGAAAGCCUGUCACCCCAGCGGAGCUCAAGCACGAAACCAAAUAUUCCACUAGCAGCAGAUGCGGCCAGUGGAGCAACCUAUCCUACAGGCCGCAUCUCACCAACCCGUGAAAUGGCCCAGUCACAGCGACGGAUGAGUGAACAUGAAGUGGCCAUGAUGGCCGGCAACAGAUCCAUAGGCGCACCCACACCGACCUCUACCAGCUCAUACGGUGGAAUGAAGGACGAGGGCGGUUAUGGGGUGAGGCGGGAGAGUGAGUUUGGCGGUACUGACGAUGGGUAUGGUGGUGGAGGUGGCAUGAUGGGUGGUGUUGGACUCGGAGAGUUCGGAAUGCAUGGCGGCCGUAUCAGUCCGGGUUAUGACAUGGAUGGUGGAGACUAUGACGGCCAGGAUGCAAUUGGCGAUCUCGGCGAGCAGGAUGGAGUCGACGACUCGGAGGCCGCGCGCGGUCUCUUCAAGAUGAAGUCUGAGGGUGAGGGACAGGAUCAAGAGCAAUCCGGCACCUGGACCGAGACGAAGACAAAGGUAAGCUAUGGCGGACCCGCCAAUGGGGCUCUUGAGCCUGUGAAACCUUUGGCUGGGAAAGAACGGAAACGGUUGCCGUUGGCGUGCAUCAUGUGUCGAAGAAAGAAAAUACGAUGUUCGGGAGAAAAGCCGGCCUGCAAACACUGCCUUCGAUCACGGAUACCCUGCGUUUACAAGCAGACCGCUCGAAAAACGGUGCCUCGGACGGAUUACAUGACCAUGCUGGAUCGGCGACUAAAGAGGAUGGAAGAACGAUUGCUCAAGAGUGUACCGAAGGAAGAAAUCAACGCCAUCCUUGCCAACACCGGCCGUUCCGUGGUCAGGCCCGCAAUAACAGCGGCGGGCAAGAAACGCACGGCUGAAAUGGCAUUCGAAGACGAAAUCAGUUCUUGGAGCCGGACAGGGCCCAGAACGAAGCAACGUGCCAUGGAUGGAAGCGCACUCGGCGGACCACCAUCAUCAACAAAGGACGCAUCCGUGGACACCGACGAUGGUUCCCGCGCUUUGCCGUCGAAGGACAUACAGGAACACCUUGCUGAGGUUUUCUUUGAUUGUGUUUACGGCCAGCCCUACUUUCUACUACAUAAACCAUCGUUUAUGCGGCGUCUGAGGGCUGGGACAGCACCUCCAAUCUUGGUUCUGUCAAUAUGCGCCGUGUCCGCUCGAUUCUCAAAACAUCCAGCUGUACGGCAUGAGCCGCCCUUCCUCGCCGGUGAAAACUUCGCUUCCGAAGCUCGUCGGCUACUGUUGAAGAAUUUCGACACUCCCAACAUAACGAACUUGAUCGUCUGCAUCAUCCUGGGCCUGCACGAGUUUGGGACAUGCCACGGCGGCAGAAGUUGGGCGCUGGGUGGAAUGGCGACCAGAAUGGCCCACGCUUUACAAUUACACAAGGAGGCGGACCAGGAUCCGAUGGGAAAGGUGCAUCCACUCAUGCGGCCGGACUACAACCACGACGGUGGCCACAUGGGUGGUUACAUGUCAUUCACCGACAAAGAGAUACGGAGACGGUGCAUGUGGGCUUGCUUCGUGAUGGAUCGCUUCAACUCAUCCGGUACGGAGAGGCCGUGCAUCAUCAACGAAGGCGAGUUGGAGAUACAGCUUCCGGUUCAUGACAGGAACUUGCAACUCGACGCAGCGGCCAUCACCGAGCAGUUGGACGGAGGGGUCAAGGAUACAUCGGAACUUUCGGAGGAGGAGAAGAUGGCAAAGGCCGCAGAGAGUAUGGGUAUCGGGGCGUAUAUGGUUCGCGUGGUGGCCAUCUAUGGUAGGGUCGUCAAGUAUCUCAGCCGGGGCGGAAAGGAUAAGGAUGCUUGUGACAUAUGGGACCAAGAAUCCCAAUUCUACGAGCUUAGCUCCGAAAUCCAGCAGUUCAUUGACGAUCUCCCGGAUACGUUUCAAUACACACCAGCCAACAUUCAGGCCCAGCAUACGGAGAGGACGUUGGGCCAGUUCGUCUUCUUGCAUGUGGGAUGUCAGCAGAUCCGCCUUUUCCUCCAUCGGUCAGCUUUGACCAUGUCCGGGUCCGCGCCGAGCGAUGCAACGUCAGUAAUGCCGGCAGACUUUGGGGAAGCGGCCAGAGAGACCACCCUCGAUGCAGCUACCAAGAUUGCAGAGAUCAUACAAGACUCACAGGAACGAGGGGUGUUAGUUGUGGCUCCGUUCACUGGAUACUGCGCCUUCAAUGCCAGUCUGGUGCAUCUUGUCAGGAUGUUUCACCGGCAGAAGAAGAUCCAAUUGGUGGCCAAGAAGCACAUGGAGACGUGCCUCAAAUUUUUGCUACAGCUAAAACAAUAUUGGGGUCUAUUCCACUCCAUCACGGACAACUUGAAGUCGAUCUACAGGAGAUUCUCGGAGAGCUCUGCGCAAGGAUUGUUCGUGUCGGGGCACCAAGAGAUUUCUCGCAUGUUGCAGUAUGGCGACUGGUUCUUGAAAUAUCCUCAAGGUUAUUCGGCUGGGGACUUUGAUGACGAAGCACGAGGAUCUAUGCACGGAGAUACGCAGUCUCUCGCCGACGAUGGUGCACUGAGUCACCGGCCAGAUCUGCAAACGGCCGAUGAAUUCUUCACUCGAUUGGGGCCACGUAUCGACACACGACAAUCGCAAUCGCUACCGACCACGAUAAAACACCCGCAAACCUUCAUGCACGCUUCACCGCCGGAUAACCGUAGCUCGCCAGCCUCAGCUGGUCAUGGUCAAUCACCAAUGAAUCAUCCAGUACCAGGUCCCUCCCCAAUGCAGCAGUCGUCGGCACUCCACGCGGCCCCAGCGCCAACGAGUACCCCUUCUUCUUCUUUGAGUUCGAAACCGGGGGAUCGACCCCGCAAAAUAGAUACGCACAAGGCGUCUCAUGUGCGACGAGCAAGCAUGUCCCAAGCAUCGCCACCUCCAUACGGAGCAGGCCCAACAGGUUUCGUGCAACGAAAUACGACGUCUCAAUUGGCAUCGCCGUUAUCAGCACGAUUACCCAGUAUUCCAGCCUCGCCGCAACAAUUCACCGGCUAUUCAGCAGCGGCAAUGACACCCCAGAAUGCUGUAUCAUCCACGCCAUCACCAAACUACAAUCACAAUCACCCACAGCAGCAACCGGUAGUGUCUCAAGAGCAGCAGCAGCCAGUAUCGCAAGCUCCAUACCUCUCCUACGAUUCGUAUCCGGGCGGCUCAGACUCCAGUUUGAUCGCGGCGCUUAGUAGCGGCCUCUGGCAGGGAUUCGACCAGCCGAUAAACACGGCGGACGUGAGUGCGUUCCAGGAACAGCACCACCACCACCACCAGACGAGCAGCAGCGCGUGGUUCAUGCCGUUCAACUCGGUGCCGCCGGGCUUCGAAACGGGUCCUACAGGGCUGGAUACGCUUGGGAUGUUGGCGGCCAGCGGGGCCGCCGGAGGAGGUGUUACCGAGGCUGGAGCGGACAGGCCGGGGAGUGGAAGUACCUCCAGUGUUCCCCCUGGUGGGAUACUGAGUAGCACGGCGGUGUAUCAUGCCGGUGCCAACGGGGGACAUUUACAGCGGCAGCAACAGCAGCAGCAGCAGCAGCAGCAACAACAGCAACAACAGCAACAACAACAGCAACAACCACGGUGACGUUGAGCGGGCCUACAUACAUACCUUCAUUUCUUGUUUCCCCAUAUUUUCUACGGGAGUUUUUUAUUUAUCUAUUCCUUUGCUUGUUACUCACCUGUUUGACGGCACAAUCGUUCGUCAGUCAUGAUGGCAGUAGCAGGUGGUCACUGGUAGUAGUGGAUGGGGGAGGGUCC